AUUUAAAUCCCCCAGCAGGCCUAAUUGAGCUCACAAAUCCCAGUAAACUUUCGAAGGCUCUGAAUUCCGGGCGAAUUUUCCAAAAAACCUUCCCAAUAACCACCGGAUAAAUAAUGCCGUUCCAGUUCCCUCAAGUGGGCGGUUAGACAGUCGAUAUUUUGACUCGUCUGGAUUUUAGGGGCAGUUUGCACCCUUUACAAGUGUUUGUCAAUAUAAGAGUGUUGUGGGGCGAAGCCCUGUAGUGCGACGGCAUGUUUCACACCCUCUAGAACCAAAAAUGCCCCAUCACUUGGAAAGAUCUUACACAGCAGAUGGUGAUAGUGUUCAUUGAACGUGCUGUGAUCCUUGAAAUUAGUCGAAAAUGAAUUCUGUAUCAAUUCUGCUGGUUACAGCCAAUGUUGGUUCAAUAUUUGAGGAGCCGAAUGAAAUGCUUAAACUAUGGACUGAGGAAUUCUUGUCUAAAAUAGCCAAUUUGGAUAGCAAAUUUAUUGCCUUACAUUGCCAAGAAGUGGGUGGUAAGAACUAUGAAAACUCCAUGAAACAUGUGAAGAGAUUCGUGGACCAUCUCUGCUCCAGCAGCGAAUUGCAGCAAUUUAAUAAAGUGCGGAUAUACUUGGACGAGGAUUAUACUUCGGUGGAAAACUUCACAGCAUUGGGAAAUCUGUAUUUUAUUCACAACUCGAUAAAAGAGGUUUUGAUUUGGGACUUUAAAAAGGCCGAGUUUAUUGCCGUUGAGGAUACGCAAACAUUCUCAGGCAAUAUAGAAGCCGUUGAUACCAUAGAGAAGGCGAAAUUUCCGCAGCACUUUUUCCCAGAGUGCAAAUGGUCCCGGAAAGGUUUCAUGCGAACCAGAUGGUUGUUGUGCGGCACAGUGUUCGAUUUAGUCAACUUGCACUUGUUUCAUGACGCCUCAAAUCUGGUCUCUAUGUCCUCGUAUCCUUCAGUUUACUGCAGGAAUCGGCAAAGAGCACUGGAACAUACACUGUACCGGUUUCAUAACGAUGGCUUGGAAAAUGUACCGUACUUUGUAUUUGGGGAUUUUAACUUUCGAACUGAUAACGAAGGAGUUAUCAAACAACUGACCAGCGGCUUGACCAAAACCAGGGUACAAAACAUUAAAAACAAUGAUCAAACGAAAAUUCAUUAUAACAGUGAGGAUGACGACCUGAUUUUGACUGUGGGGAAGAAGGAGUUCAACCAUUCUGACCAUGCCAGGGUUUUUUUGAAUUAUGACUGGCUGAAAAAGUUUGAUAAGGAAUCGGAGGCUUUCGCGAACAUCCUGACUGAGUAUCCCAUUACGUUUGCCCCCUCGUAUCCUUUUGAGGAGACCAUUGCAAAAGGAGCCAAUUACAUGCCAACACGUUGCCCUGCAUGGUGCGACAGAGUUCUGUUCAGCCAUUCUGCUCAAAAAAUCAUCGACGAGAUGCAAAGUCACGACUAUGACUUAUUAGGACUGAAUACUUGCAUGGGAGACCACAAGCCAGUAUUCCUCCGAGUAUCCCUUCGGACUUACGCAGGUAUAGUUAAGUGUUGUGACCAUGCCUUGUUCGUUUGCUUGCCUGACACGUGUCGCUGUUGCCGCAAUUUUGCUUCCUACACAAUAAACGUGGUGGAUAUGAGCGACUACAUUAACAGCAAUGUAAAUCGCUCAUCAACGGACGUAUCCAUUGAUUCCUCAUUGCUGCAUGAUCGAGCAAACAAAGGCAUGCUAACGCUCGAACCGUAUACGCCUGAGAGUUCGAAUUCUCGAACGCCGCUGCCCGAAGAGGAUGAAACUCGAGAGGACAGCCGAAGAAGCUCGCUGUUAGCGACGGAGCUGAAAAGUAAAUUAGAGAAUAUAAUUUCAACCAAAGAAUUUCCUUUGAUUAGUCGAGCGUAUGUCGAUGAUGAGCUGCGACAGUUGAGCGGCAUGGUAGAGGCGAGUAGUAGACGUAGUUCGGAAGAGAGUAAAAGUAAUUGUAGUAAAGCUCAGCUGAAGAGUAGCGAUAGAAUCUCAAAUCGAGGCAAAAAGAAAGGAAAAAUCGUCGAAGAACCAGUGGAGCAAGCGUCUGGCGUUAGAACGGAUUCGGACAAAGACAUCGGCACCACCAGCGACUAUAUUUGCAUUCAAAAUAUUGUGCAUCCCAUGAAGAUUAUGAAAGAAUCUUCCGUCUAGAGCAAUUUGCACAUUACAGGGUUUAUCGAGUAAGAGAUAUCAAUAGUUUAUCAAUUUAAUAAGAAGAUCCAGAUGAAUCAGGGUAAUUUGAGCCGAUAUUAAUCUUCCGUGUUAUUACCACGCUUAAUAAUAGCAUAAUUGUAAACAGUGGAUUGACCCUUUUUUAAGCGUUUGUUAAGUUCAGUUAAAAUAUGUGUGUAACUUAUAGGUUUACGCAAGUAUUUAUUUGACUAAUUUAAACUUAAAGUAGAUAAAUAAUUUUGUACCUGAUUUAACGAGUAUUUACUUUAAUGCUGAUAAUACUUAGGAAUUGCGACUGUAUCUGGAAGAAAUCCACUAAUAUAAAUGUGUUCCCGUGUUUAACCAUGCAUGCAUCUCCGUGGUAUACUUAACUGACAAAUAAUGUUAAUAUAGACGUACUUAAAUCAUGUAAAUCACCAUAUUAAUGCGUGUAAUUUAUCGAUGUGUUUUGUUUGUGUUUUCUACCAGAUUUUAUUUUUGUUAUUCACGUGUUGGAAUAAAACAAGUUUAGUUAGUUAAA